CUUGUGAGUAGGCGCCGCGCUUGUCUUGUGUCAGACUUUUAAGCUGUAAUGACGUUUGAUUGGUUAAAACAUUGUAACUGUGGAUCAGUAGAUUUGACUCAGCUCGCCAACAACGCUCUAUCCUUAAUUAACGUCGAACCUUACAUUCAGAGUAUUCAUGAAAUUACUCCUGCUUUCGUCUUUGACUUAGCAGUUGUCUUAUUUGGUAGCGACAUUUUGCCUCGUCGUGGUCGCGCUGAGACCGAAUGUGUAGAAAACUUCGAGGCUAUUGUAUUCAAAUUGUCUGAAGAAAUAGGAGUGGACUUGGACCACAUUGUACCAGAAGACCUUAUGGUUGGAGAACCCAGAGCAUUAUCGGAUUUUCUUGUCCUGCUGACCGCAUUUAUUGCCUACUGUCAUGAAUCGAACCUUUUGGAGCUCCAAAUAUCAGCGAAUGAGUCUUCCUCUGAAUGUUCAGGCCGCUUGAUUACUAACUCAAAAGUAAAUUCAAAGACAAAGGAAUUUCUAGAAUGCCAGUUGUCUACUUCUCCUGAAUUACCACGUCAUAGUGUGACUUGUGCACCCAUGUUUUCUACAUCCUUUCACCAAUCUGAUCGGUCUAUUGAUCAAAGUACACCAGUGAAGCGGACUCCAGCAUCUUUCCAAACUAGAAACCCUUAUCCACCCGUUGAUAAUGUCAAUUCAUUACUACAAAAAUCAAAUUUAUUUGCAGUCCAAUCGGAUAACGUGAAACCAAGUUAUCCUGUUGCUUCGUGUCUUUCCAAUUUCUUAGAGGUACAUACAGACACUUCACCUCCAGCAACACCAAAUGCAAUGAAUGGAUAUCUAGAAAUCGUCCAUUCUAAUUUAUCCGAUGCAGAUAUUCUACCUAGUUUAGAGAAUUCUUUGAAUAUGCAACAAUUUAUGCCUAGUUCUCCAGUUGAUGAAUUUAAGAAAUUAAAAAAUUCUGGCUCUCAUUUAACACGUUCACCUAAUAAGGAAUAUUUUGGAAGUAGAAAUUUGAUUUCUGCUGAAUCUACUGUGUUGGAUGAUCAGUUGUCAUUACAUGAACAUAAAGUGCAUCUUUCUACAUCCUCAAAUAAUAUCAAUAACAGAAGUGUUUCAUCCUCUGUUGAAUUAAUUCAUAAGUCAAUUAGUGAUAAACAUGAUAGUUCAAGUAGUGGUCGUGGUCGUAGUUUAACAGUUACACAAACAGUUCCUUUUCAAUCUAAUACAUCACCUCCUUCAAGUCUUCUUGAAUUACAUACUUUUCCAGAUUCACGUAAUACAACUCAUAAUUAUCCUAUAGAGCAUAAUAAUUCCUAUCCUUCUCAGAAAUCUUUAAACAAACUUGUAUCUAAUGAGAAAAUCAAUAAUAGUUAUGAUUCUAUUCAUACAAGUAGUAUAUUAGCUUGGAAUGAAGAGAAUAUUAAAUAUAAUAAGAAAAUAAAUAAAAAUGAAUUACAUGAUGGAUCAUUAGAUGAAUUAACUUCACUUUUAUCAACCAGUUUAAUAUCUGAUACAGAAAAAGUUUCAAAUGAUAUAUCUGGUCAUUGUCCAACUACUUCGGAUAUUUUAACUGAAAUUAAUGACUUCGCUUGUAUACUUGAAAAACGACUAAAUUAUUUAAGAUCUGUUUAUUUUCGUGCACAUUCGGAAGCUGAAGCAUUGGCUGGUUUAGUUCAAUUGGUCACAUCAAAAAGUUUAAAUAUUAUUGAACCUAUGAACAACAGUCAAGUAAAUGACAACAACAAUAAUAGUAUAUUAAAAAAUAACCCACUUAAUGUACAUGAGAACCAUUUGCAUUUAGAGUCUUUAUUAGUUAAAGCAAUUGAUCGUAUCGAUCAACUACUGGAAAAAUACAUUACUCCUUGUUCAGAAGUAAUUCAAAAUAAUCAUAGCAAUUGUAUAAAUUCUGCAAUAUGUUUACAUCCUAAAUCAAAAAAAGUUGACAACUUUCCGACAAAUCAAACCUACUUUCAUUCAAAGAAUUCAUCUAAGUUUAGUUCUUUGUAUGAUGAUAACUAUUCGGAUGUAGAGUUGAGAAAGUUAUUGGAUCUCAAACAUGAAUGGAUAGUGACUAGCAGCGGAAUCCAGGAAACGCGUUUCGUCCCAUUUCGGGACUCGUCAGCUGGAUAUACCUGCAUCUCACAGUUGAUGUUUACUCUGGGACCUGGACCUAAUACCGUUCGCUUCAAUAAGAGACUGAUCAAUCGUAGUCCUAAACAUCAAUAGGAAGAUUCAAGUGAACAAUACCAAGUGAAUUCAGACUACCAUUACAGUUUACAAUUUAAUCGAACUGAUCGAUUAGUUAUAUAAAAAAAUCCCAUAAUAAAUUUAUUUUUAUUAUUGCUAAUGUUAUCCUGUUAUUAUUUCUUAUCUUUCAGAUACAUGAUGAAAGCCUUCCAUUUAUGCUUAGAUCAACUUCGCUUAUUGAAUGAAUAAUUCUAUUGUUGCUUCAUAUAAUGACUCUCUAAUGUAUCUUUUAUUCUUCAUUAUUAUAAUUAUUGCCUCCAGUAUUAAUCAUGUUUACUAUGUCUGAUAAGUCAUUAUAAUCUGUUGGUGUAUUUUAAGAGGUAGUAUUUAGCCAAUCUCUUCUAUCACUUCUUCUUUAUACUCGUUUUAAUUUACUGUUAUUAUGAUUAAGAUCUACCAUUUCUUUGCUCAUUUCUUUACAUCUCAGAUAUUAACUACCUUCAGAUAUUCUGUGUAUUAUGUCCUCAUGCAAUUGUUGUUUACUUUCUCUUUUUUUUUGUUUUCAAAAUGCUGUUGUCAUGUUAGAUUUGAUUCAGAUAUGAUGUUGUAUACGUAUACAAAUCUUUUAUCUUUACAGUUAUGAAUGUUUAGACCUUUUAAGAUGUUUUUCACAUUAGCAAUGUAAGGUUCGUUUAAAAAGUUUAAACAUACAAUUUAUUCUCUAAUUUGAUUAAUGUUUAUCGUAUGAUUGUUUAUCUCUUUAUUCAAUCAUCAAUCCUAACGACCGUGCAACUGACCACAUAUGAAAUACAUGUUUCUUCUUGAAAUACUAGUAGAAUCAAGAUUGCGUUAAGUUUUUGCCAAAAUAUCAGUCUUCAUAUUGGAUACAGCAUAGUGGCAUAAGUAUUCGAAUUAUGAUUGACUGCCUUGUUA